AUGGUGUCCAGCCUAGUCCCCGAUUUCGAGGUCAAGGUCCUUCUGAAGCCCUCAGAAGUGCUCGACUCGGAAAACAAAGCCAAAGCUGAUGUCCUGUCUGCGUUCGGUUUCACGUCAAGGGCCAAGAAAAUGAACGUCCAAUUCUUGGACACCAGGAACCGAGAGUUCUACAACAACGGCUGGAACCUUCGCAUCCGCAAGACCGAAGACGACGAUAAGUACGAGUUGACGUACAAGAAGCGCUAUGACAUAAGUACCGGAUUCUCUACGACCGCCGAAGGUCACAUCAAGGAAACGCUUGAAGUGGCCAGGCAAGAGGGUUUAGACUCCUCGACCGGCUUCGAGGCCCAGGUUGACAUUGGAUACCAGAAGCAGACCCUCUCCAUCAGCCGCGACAAGGAGGUUCCCACCGGGCAGGCAGGAACCGACCUUCCCCCUCUCGAAGCCUCGCGCAAACUCCUCGCCGACGGGGCACCCGAAAAGUUCAACAACUGGAAAGGUGCCAACUGGGGGACUCAGCGUCUCGCUGACUCCAUAGUGUAUGGUCCGGUACUCGCCGAGCGCUUCAAAGUCAAGUGGCAGGGGUUGAGGCUUUUCUUGGAAGUGUGGCCAAUCCGGAAGAGCAAGACAGAUGCGAGCCUCGAAUACAUCGUCGAGGCGUCGUUCAAGGCGGAUACCUUACAGGAGGCCGUGGAGGGCCGCGACAAACUCAUCAAGGUCUUGCAGGAUGAUAGUAUCGGGAGAGACUGGUUCCUGCCUGGGGAUUCCUUGAGGACGAAGCUUAUCAUGGAAAGGUACGGAGAGGUUAAUUGA